AUGUUUCGCGUUGUGUGUCGCCGCCUCUGGGUGAACAGGCGCUGUCAAGCGGGUAUCAAUUGCCGUUUUGAAGUCACUCAAAGGUUCUUCACCAGUGAAGACAGCCCCAUUGAAGCUGAGGGUUACAGGGACUUGCAAGUUCUUACGAAACAUCAAAAACAGCAAUAUGAAAGACUUGGGUAUCUAGUGGUUCCAGAUGUCUUCAGCAAGGACCAUAUUGAACAAAUGAGGAAAGAGUUGGAUGGAUAUAUUGAACGUUCUCGCAAACUCAAACAAACAAAUCAUUUGUUUGUUCUGGACCGACAGCAUACUGAAAAUAAGCCUAUCCUACUAAGGCUUCGUUGUAUUUCAAAUCACAGCAAAAUUUUCCUGGACACAAUUUGUGAUGCUAAGUUGGUGGAAAUUACAUCUGAUCUGAUUGGUCCAUCAGUGCGUUACAUAAAUCAAGAGAAAGUCAACUUGAAACCACCAGAAAGUAGUACCUCAGUUAUCAGAUGGCAUCAGGAUUGGGCAUUUUUCCCCUAUACAAAUGAUAGUCUGGUCACUGUUUGCAUAGCCAUUGAUGACUCUACCAAGGAGAAUGGAUGCCUUCAAGUUAUCCCGGGUUCACAUAAAGGUCCCCUAUACUCACACUUCCAAGACAAUGCAUUUAUAUCUGCUAUAACAGACCCUGCCUUAGACUCUAACUCUGCAGUCCAUGUUGAAGUUCCUGCAGGUGGGGUGUCCUUUCAUCAUGGCUUCACAGUCCAUGGUUCUUCUGCCAACAUGUCUAGACAUUAUCGCCGUAUGCUUUGUUUUAACUACAGCUCAGCAGACAAUUGGCCUCUUAUUGGUGUUGGAGGGCAUGAGUUUACUAACCAUGGUCCAGUAGACUGGGAAAGAUACUGUUCCACUGUGGUUAAAGGCAAACCCAGUUUAUUUCCUCGCAUGCAAGCACUGCCUGUCUCUAUUCCCAUUCCUUUUGAUUCUGGUUAUGACAUUUAUGAACAUAGUAAAUCUAGUGAUGUAAGUGAUCCUGAAAAGUGGGAAGCAUGAAUUUCAAGUGCAGGGGUGUCCCAAAAGAAAAAGAGUGAAAUUUAAUGGAGUAAUAAUAGGCCUUUGAUUAUCAUUGAGUCUCUCAAUGACAAUAACAGUAAAAUUCCUGAACAACUUUUACUUGAUUAAAAUUAAUCAUCACUGCGUCUCUCUAUCACACUGAGGCAAAUGUCAUUGUAACACUGGGGCAAAUGUCAUCGUGAGCAGGCUCACAUGAGUGUUUGUGAGGUCAAAACAGUAACUUGUGUCACAGAAACAUAUCUUGGAAGUACUCUUCAAAUUCUUCCUCCCUGUAUGGAAAACAAUAGUAAUUCAAAGCAAAUGAUCACUUCUGAGUCUCUGUGAGGAAUCAAACUUCAGAUCUUUAGAUUCUGCACUACUUUGUUCUACCACAGAGCCACAGAGACUCUAUGGUGAGCAAAGCCCACUAUGAAGUUAAUAUAUGACACACGUCCUGAAUACUGCUAGGAUCAGCAAUGUCGUUAGCAUCAUGUUUUGUAAAGACGUUUGAUUCCUCAUGGGAACUCAGAAACUUACCAUCUUUCUUAUUCUAUUUACAAAAUAUGGUGUAGAAUCUGAAGGUCUGAGGAUUGAUUCCUCAUGAGAACUUGGAAUUUUUUCUUUGUCCCACGCAUGUGACAAGAUGGAAAAACAUCUUUUCCCAUUAGCUACAUGUUCAAAUAACCUCACAAUUUAUCUUUCCUCACAAAAGUAAGGAAUGUCAUAUAUCCUGGUGGGAAGAUAGAUAAUAUUUAGUUGAUUUAUCCUCUACACUCUCUCAAUAGGCACAUGACUUGUAUA